AUGGAAGCAGGAAAUAACAGCCUGGAAAGUAGAAGUGGCCAGAGCGAGCGCCAUUCUGUUGAUACUUUAGAAAAUUCGCUAAAAGAUGUUGUACUGGAUGAAGAUGCAUAUUCGGAGAUUUUCAGGCCUUCUAGCGUUGCACCAGAAAAUGCCAACAGCGCACAACCAGAUACUACUACUUCUAGUAAUCCAUUCAGUUUUAAUACAACCAAAACAGAUGGAAGUAGAAAAACACAGCUCUGCGCACAAGGACAAUUACUUUCACAGAUGACCAGUGCUUUUGGAUACACAUAUAGUGUAGUUGAAACUGCAUCUAAAACCUUUGAAGGCGCGGGCAUUCUUAUUGAGCCAAAAAAAGAGGCAGAUCAGCCGGCGGACUCAGAGAAAAAGCCUCUUUCUUUUGAUGAAGUCAUUAAAAAAAAGAUAAACGACUAUUUCAAUCUCUGGGGAACUGUCUCAAAGGCCAUAAAUAGCAUAGAUAAGUUUUUUAACUGCGACGAGACACUGGGAAACGGCCUGUUUUUUGUUUUCUCGUUUUUAUUGGGAGAGCUGGGAAUGGUUUUGUUUUACAUGCUGUACGGAAAAAUACUUGCCUGUCUUGCGGUGGCUUGUGCUGUCAGAUACUUUUUUGUUAAGAGCAUUAAAGACACAGCAAUAUAUGUUCUGCUCACUCUGAUAGCUGCAGCUGUUCUAUCUAUGUGGAUGCUGAACUGGCUUAUCUACAUUCUGAUCUUCGUCUACAGCUUGAUGUUUAUCGCGUGGAUAAAAGAUGAAAAUCUAAACAUAAAUUAUCUCGACAUAUCGAUCAUAGUAGUAGUGGCAGCGGCAAACAUUGCUCUGUUCUUCUGGAGCGGAUGGAUAAACAGAGCAAUGAGCAGCGUGUCUGGGCUAUUGGUACUGCAGGGAGCGCUGAUUGUUGUUCUUCUGUUUAAUUCAGGAAUGCUGCGGUAUAUCUUCAGAUGGAUUAAAAAGGCUGCAGAAGAGGCCCUAAUGGAAAAAAAGUCAGCUGAAGAACAAAAAGAAAAAAUACCUGCAAAUGAAGUAUUUAUACUGGACCAAGAUGUGCCCAAGGAAGAUGAAAAAGAUAAAGAAGGCUCAUAUGCAGUGCUGAAAAAGAAUGGGCUGAUGAGUCUCUUUGAAAUCCCUGGAUUUUGGAUUUGCGUGAUUUUUGCCAUUGCCAUUAUCACGGGUCUGGGGAUAUUCAUAGGAGUCAACCUCACACAGCCAAAAGUUAUCACAAACAGGCAGCUGUUUAAGUGUGUCCCAGGAAGAGAAGCUUUUCUGAAAAAAGAACUAGAAGCAUAG